AUGGCUCCGAUCACUACCAGCAGGGAGGAAUUUGAUGAAAUUCCCACAGUUGUAGGGAUCUUCAGUGCAUUUGGCCUCGUCUUCACAGUUUCUCUCUUUGCCUGGAUCUGCUGUCAGAGAAAAUCUUCGAAGUCCAACAAGACUCCUCCAUACAAGUUUGUGCAUGUGCUGAAGGGAGUUGAUAUUUACCCUGAAAAUCUGAAUAGCAAAAAGAAGUUUGGAGGAGAUGAAAAGAAUGAAGUCAAGAAUAAGUCAGCUGUGCCAAAGAAUUCACUGCAUCUUGAUCUUGAGAAGAGAGAUCUCAAUGGCAAUUUCCCCAAAACAAAUGUCAAAGCUGGCAGCCCUCCUGAUCUGGAGAAUGUAACGCCCAAGAUCUUUCCAGAAGGAGAAAAAGAUGCAGUUUCCCCUGAUAGCCUGAAAUCCAGCACUUCCCUUAGUUCAGAAGAGAAACAAGAGAAGCUGGGAACCCUCUUCUUCUCCUUAGAGUACAACUUUGAGAAGAAAGCCUUUGUGGUCAACAUCAAGGAAGCCCGUGGCUUGCCAGCCAUGGAUGAGCAAUCCAUGACCUCUGACCCCUACAUCAAAAUGACGAUCCUCCCAGAGAAGAAGCAUAAAGUGAAAACCAGAGUGCUGAGAAAGACCUUGGACCCAGCUUUUGAUGAGACCUUCACGUUCUAUGGGAUCCCCUACACUCAGCUCCAAGAGUUGGCUCUGCACUUCACCAUCUUGAGUUUUGACAGGUUUUCCAGAGAUGAUAUCAUUGGAGAAGUCCUUAUGCCUCUUACAGGAAUUGAAUUGUCGGAUGGAAAAAUGCUAAUGACCAGAGAGAUCAUCAAGAGAAAUGUUAGGAAGUCCUCUGGACGGGGUGAGUUACUGAUCUCUCUCUGCUAUCAGUCCACAACAAAUACUCUCACUGUGGUUGUCUUAAAGGCUCGACACCUGCCUAAAUCUGAUGUGUCUGGACUUUCAGAUCCCUAUGUCAAAGUGAACUUGUACUACGCCAAAAAGAGAAUCUCCAAAAAGAAGACACACGUGAAGAAGUGUACCCCCAAUGCAGUGUUUAAUGAACUGUUUGUGUUUGAUAUUCCUUGUGAGAGCCUUGAAGAAAUAAGUGUUGAGUUUCUAGUUUUGGAUUCCGAGAGGGGGUCGCGCAAUGAAGUGAUUGGGCGGUUGGUCCUGGGUGCAGCAGCAGAAGGAACAGGUGGGGAACACUGGAAGGAAAUCUCUGACUUCCCCCGGAGACAGAUUGCCAAGUGGCAUGUACUUUGUGAUGGUUAG